AUGGCUGAAUGGUUUAAACGAUGGCCUAGUGCCAUGGUCAGUAAUAUCCGUGAUGUCUUCAUUAAUAUGGUCAAUAAAUCGACAUGGAUGGAUUCGAAGUCAAAAAUUGAAACGAUUAAAAAAGUUCGAGGUAUAAAAGCAAAAGUUGGUUAUCCUGAUUAUUUCAAGAACGAUUAUAUGAUGAAACUUGAGAAAGAAUAUGCAGAAUAUAAUUUCAAUUCAUCUUUGAUGUUGAAUGCUUUGAAGUUAAUUCAACUUAAUUCGAAAAAUGCACUUCGAACACUUCGUGAUCCGGUUGAUAAAAACGAAUGGAUGAUUACUCUGCCAACAACUAUCAGUUCCACAUAUCACAUCUUGUUGAAUGACAUUAGAAUUGGUUUCGUUAUUGGACAUGAGAUUGCACAUGGUUUUGAUGAUGAUGCUCGAAAGUAUGAUAUGCAUGGGAAUGAAUUUUCGUUAUGGACUAAUAGGACCAUUGAAGCAUUUCAUAAACUCAAGCAGUGUGUUGUCGAUCAAUACAACAAUUAUACAUUGACUCAAGUCAAUCAACAGGUCGCAGGUGAACGUACAAAAGAUGAAAACCUUGCUGAUAUUGUUGGAUUGAAAAUGGCUUUCUUCGCCUAUCGGGAAUGGGCUCGAACUCAUAGAAACGUCGAUAAGAAGUUGCCAGGUCUCACAAAGUAUUCAGCUGAACAGAUGUUUUUUCUCACUUUGGGUCAUGCAUGGUGUGAGAAAAUGUCCGACGCUGCCGCAAAGUUUUAUUUGAUAGCAGAUAUACAUUCAUCUCCUCAAUUCAGAGUAAUUGGUUCCACGUCGAAUUUCGUCGAAUUCGAUCGAGCAUUUGGUUGUAAACCUGGUCAAAGCAAUAGUCGAGUGGAUAAGUGUAAUGUGUGGUAG